AUAUUGAAAUAUUUGUGGAGACCGCAAAUUCCGCGAGUAAAAUCCAAGGCGUAAUUCAAAUUUAGAAACGGGUGAAACCAGGUGAGAAACAAGCCCAUUUUUCGCAAUCGGACCUUGAUUAGUAAAUAACGAUUAUCGUUAUUCGCACGUGUAGUUAUAUUUCUGUCUUCAAAAAUCAUAACUGUACGAAGUCGUUUGUUUGGUGAGUUUUUUUUACCUAGAUGUUGGUGAGUGUGUGCGCAAUACGACGCACGCCAAUCACAAGAGUAUAAAUUACGUAUGUGUCUGCGCAAUAACGACGAGAGUUGCGGAUGGCAGAGUAAUAAUAUCGUGUUUAAAGUGUUGGGACGUUAAAAUUUGGCCAGUCGGGGUGGCUGGAGAUGAACCUUUGGUUCAAGGUUUUCCUCUAUUAGAAAGGAAAACAGGCGAAGGCGAAGGGCAGCAGCUGUCAUCAGAGACGGCAAACAGCUGUUCGUCGUCCUGCAAAAGUGUAAAUCGUAUCACAGAAAUGGCGCAAGAAGACAACAGUCCCUGCUGGAAUAAUUUACCCAGCGUCAUUCUACUCGAGAUAUUUUCUUAUUUACCUCACGAUGAAAAAAUAGCGGCCUCACAGGUAUGCAGAAAUUGGAGGUAUGCUCUUUUUCAUCCAUGCUUUUGGAAAAAAAUGACUUUCAAGUUCCAAAUCAAAGAGGAGGGUAAGACGAAAGCGCGGUUCUUGGCCAACUGCUUCGGUCGCAGCGUCCGCGAGGCUACGAUAAAAUGGGAUACUGCCGGACACUGUGUCAAUGAGACGUCAAAGCUUCUUACCAAAUUGAGCUUUAACAUACAUCUACGCAAACUUUUUUUGGAGCCAAGCAGUUGUCUGUUCGAAUGGCCAACUCGAUGGACCAGUCCAAAAGACGAGGGACGUGCCAUAUGCACACCUCUGAUGGGACCAUUGCUUAAAAUUGUUAAAAAUGCGCUGUCUCUACAAGCCCUGAGUUUAGGAUGUGCUGAGGAAUUAGCAGCCAGUGCCGGGUUGAUUUUAUCACCACUCAAACAACACCAAGCCAAUCAUUUGACUCAUUUGAGUCUGGCUUCUGUGAAAUAUGAUCCCGAUGAUUACAUUCUGACAGAACUGGAUACUUCGGUGUUUAGGUCUUUUCGCAGAUUAUCGAUACUGACUAUUGAUUACGAUUAUGUAGACGAUAAUCUGCUAAAGGCACUUGACAAUGGUUUGAUGGAAAGAUUAGUUAUUCACGUUCAUGGCCUGGAAGAGAAUCAUCCUGGGACCACAAACGAUUGCUGGCUGUCUUUUGUUGACAAAAACCCCCGCUGUGAGCUUCGCCUAAAUCUCCUUCAUUCGUAUGACGCAGUCAUCGUUCUGGAUACUGAUAUUCUGAAACCAGCAAUGCCUCUUGCAUAUCUCAAAGUAUUGUUUUGUGAGUCAGUCAACGUUAGAGCCCUAGAUCUACUAUCGGGCUGGUAUCCUCACAUCUUGAGGUCUGUAAUAUGGAUCGAUUCUGUGGACUCGUCACAGUGCAUGCCUGCUACUUCUGAACCAGAUAGGCCUGACCCCUUGGUACUUCUUGCCUGGACCUGUACAAAGCUUACUGAGAUUGUGUUUCUCGGGUACAAAUAUUUCCAAGAAGAACUCUUGGCCAUUGCUCGUCUGAGAGGCUUGACAUUGAAGCGACUUGAGUUUGCUGAGCGAGAUCUUUUGACCGACAUAUCUUCGGCUGAAGAUAUAACAAACGAAAUUAAUGAAAUAAUGGGUGGUAGCUGGGAGCCGUUAAGCGAUAUCAAUCUACCUCUCGUAGUCAUGGAUCCGGUUGUUGGUGACAGUAUUGAAGUUAUAAUGCCAAUGGUUCUUCGAGAUCAAAAGUAACAUGGUUUAAAAAUUGAAGAAAAUAUCUUAUUAGCACCACCCGUCAGUAGCAGCCAUUUCUGGGGAUGCAUUCUCAGAAGUACGGACGCAAAGUUAUAUCCUUUAUUUUUCUAUUGAUUUAUUUUUAAGGAAGACACGCGAUUUUCAAAAACUUUUGGUCGGCAUGCGUUUAUGUCUUAUCGAUUCGUGAACAAUAUUAUUUGAAAAUAGUGCACUUUGAACUACCUAUUUGGUAUGAUUUAAACUUGAAGCGGCAUAUUGGCAGCUUUUACCUCUUAGUGAUGUUUAUUGUUCGGUUUUGGUUUGGUUAAUCGGAAAUCAGUACCAGCAUAAACGCAUGCUGUAUUAAAUUUCGUAGGUAGGAUUUCGAAAAUGAUAAGAUCUCAUGACCGUGAGGCCAAUGAUACGACGGAUCGAAAUAUUUUUUUAAUGAAUCACAAUGAAAAUCGUUAGCUGAACACCUUAGACGACGAGGCUUCGACACAGCCUUUCGUGACUCGGACCCAUGAUACAGGGUGGUUAAUUGAAUAUAACAUAAAAUUUAAUGAUGAGUUAGCACUGGCCUUACGGCAUGGUAAUAAAUCCGAACCAAAAAUCUUCCAGAAGCAGGUCCCGAUAUUCCAUUCAUAGUUAGGAACAUUAUAAAUAUUUUUCCAUUUCACUGAGAAUUUAGUGUAUAAAAGAGCGCAAGAAAAACCGUAAGUAAAAUAAGAUACGGAAUAUUUUAAUGAGAACUUAAAAACAAACGAAACAUCGUUUGAUAAGAAAAUCAAAUCGCUAUCCGAGGUUAUUUUUAAUACCAAGACCAAUCGGAUGAUUUUUUCACGAACAUUAUACGUUCGUGAUAGCUAAGAGCGCUAUAACUGCAAGAAUGUUGAUAUCAGCUGCGCGAUCACUUCUAUUGAAUAAUUUAUGACUGCUGAUUGAUCCAAUAUUUCAGCGUGCAAGAUUUAAGAUAAUAAUCGUCAAUUUUUCGAAUGUAAGUGUGACAACCUAGCACUACAAAUUGAGUGUUUUUCAUAUUGAAUUUUUUUUAUGAUGUAUAACAAUCUCGCUCUUAUCGCGCUCUUAGUGAUCAGUACCAGCUAAGUAUAAAAAUUAGCUGUUAACGUUAUAACACGUCUAUAGAUUUAACUACAAAAUAUUGAAAAGUAAAUAUUGAAGAAGUGCAUCGACAUGCAUCCAUUUAUGUCGUGUGAUCUAGCGAGAUUUUGGAUGUUUUCAAAAGAUACCCGUCAGAAACCGACAGAUGCUAAAAACGCCAAUGAUAUACCGUUUUUUUCUGAGGAGCUAUUUACUUUUCGAAUCCUUGUAUAAUUAUUUUAUUAUCUCGUAUUAUUCUUAUAACUACGUACAUCUUGUUUCAUUUUAUAUGUAAUCCUAUACGUCUUUCGUUUAAACGUCGCGUACGAAUGCAAUGAAAUGUUGCUCUUAUUUUCAAAUCGCAGUGUAUGUUUGUUUGUUUGAAAGGAUUUAGUGACAGUAAUAGAUGUGACAAGGAAAACAAAAGAUAAACUUUCCUCGCAUGUGUAAUUGAGCUGUUGAAACGGACCUCAACAUGUACCUGAGUCGCGGUAAGAAUAAUUUUUAACAAAAAUUUGACUCGCGACGCCCAACAAGAAUAAUUCUAAGUCCGUUAAGCGUAUGCGUGUGGUGAAGUUCUGUCCAGGCUCCAGGCCUGCUCCUCUUGACUUUGACGAUAACACGCGCAUUCUCUGAUGUCUCGUUGCGAUCGUAAUCAUAAGAAUGAAGUACAGAACAAAGCAUCGAGACUUGGCAGUUUGAUUCUUAUCAGAAAUGAAUAAAAUAUAAAAUGUGAUGUUAAGUAUGGAGUGGUAUAAAAAUUGUUGUUUGUUAAUCGUUGGUGCUGUAUUAUUUUGUUGAAUUUGAUUUGUUAUUUACUUCUUAAAUUUAAAGCGAGGUCCUAACAAGUGUAUUUGACGGACGCGGCGUCUAAAAAAAGUCUCAUAAAGUUGGUGAGAACGGAACGAAAGAUAUAAAAACAAAUAAUAAGAUUUUAAAAAUAUGCAGGGAUACCCGCGCGUAGGUGAAUAACGUGAUAUUGCACCGUCUCUGAAUAUUGUACAAAACUUCCAAAGCUCGCACGGCCUUUUACCAUUAGUAAAAUAUUAAUCUAUUACUAACUUGAGACAAAAUCAUAAGACUGAGCCUUUGAAAAGGUAUAUAAGUAAAAGACCGUGCUGGGAUAAUCUCAUAUUCAUGGAAAUUGACAGAAAACUAUAGAUAUAUUUGCUCUUACAAAAUUCGUAACAUUCAAAGCAUAUAAGCACAAAUGUUAAUUUUCUAGAAUAACUAAAAUCAUUACAUAUUAUACUCCCAAACUAUCUUGGUUUGAGUUCGUUGAAGUACACAAAACAAAAGAUUAAAACCAAUUGGUUUUAAUUUUUCUGUGUCAACUUUUUCUCUGAUUGAGUAAGUGACUGGUCAUCAUUCUAUGAAUAUGUGUAUCGGAGAUGGUGCGCAAGGUAGUUUAGAUCUGAAUAUGCCCAAAGCUCGCUCGAAAGUUUUCUCCUGGAUAAUUCAUAACAUAAACAGCCUGCCCAUAUCAAAUCGCUGUAAUGUACGAAUCUCAAAUUGUAGAGAAUACAAAACGUGUUAAGAUCUAUUUUUUGAAAAAAACUAAUGUAUAUUUUUUUUACUAAGGCAGGCCUUAGUAAGGUAUCUUCUUGUACAUAAUGCCAAGAUAACAACUGUGAUCGUUAUUAACAACUAAGCAAAGAAAGAAUGUAAACCUCGUAAAAUACAGGUCUCGAGUGAGCUGUACGAAAUGGGCUAAUAUUUUCAACAUCUGUGAUACAAAAUAAAAUCGUAGAGAGAUACUUGAGAGGCUCCUUACGCAUGAAACGCAUCAAAUUUAAGUUCAAUGAUUGCUAGAUGAGACAAUGCUAUGUAUAUUAUCGACACACUGGAAUUUAGAGGGUGAAACCUACUUAAAAUAUCAUCUUGUAAAAUUUUUUUUAAACAGCUAGGCUCUCUCGAAUUCAAAUAUCUAUAUCUGAAUAUUUGAAUGUAGUUGAGUCAGUUGAUGAGGCGAUUCCUCAAAUCUCGAUUGGUAGUCAGCAGUAAAGAGUAAUUCAGUCGAAAGAGAGGUCAAUUCAAUUCAACCCAUUCCAUAAACUAUCAUACGAGAGUUAAAUUUGAAUUGAAAACCUCUCUCCUCUUGCUUACAUUAACAUAGAUGUUAUAGUUGCUGACAAAUUUAAACAAUACUAUGGCUAAUCGAUGGACAAUGCUGUCAUGAAUUGUCAGAACACGAAUUAUAUGUGGUUAGCUAAACUUUGAUAUUUCCAAAUGGAAAUUACCUUGCAUCGAAAGAAAAAUAAUGUAAGUCGGAUGAUUCACAUUAGCCAUCUCUCGCAUUCACUUCAACCAUUCAAAUGUUACAUUAGAAUGGAUUCUGAUUGUCACUCCGACUCUGAGAAUUUAUCUGGCGACUAUAAGAGCUAGAAAAAUGUAGGAACUUUCAAUCAGGUUUGAGCAUCUAAGCUUGAACUGGAGGGCCUCUGUAAACAGUAUUAUAAGUUCCUAAAGACUUUACUCGAUUUAAGUGAUGAAACAAAAACAAUGUGCGUUUGAAAUAGAACACAUGCUCUUAUAUCACUAGACCUUUGAAUUGUCGGUUCAUUCCAGCAUGAGAAAAUUUUGAAAUAACACUCUUGCCGUAAGUUGGAAAGUGUAAUUGAGAGACGGCUAUCAAAUGUCCGAAUAUUAUGGAAACUUGCAAAUACCUGUUGAACUUGCAAGAUAUAAACCUUUGCAAAAUAAACGGCUAAGACAAUGCCGAUUUACAAUUACCAGCCCGCAUACUUAUACCUAUUAUUUCAAGCUUGGAUUUAACUAAUUAUAAUUAAUGUGCUAUCAUUAAUUCAAAUAUGUAUCUUUUUUUUCAAGUCUCCGAAAGCUGAAAUGCAAGAUCUAGCCGUGUAUUUUUUUAAUAAUCCUUGCGGUAUUGUAAACAUGUCACGGUGAUUAUUUAAUUGAUGCCAAACAAAGUCGUAGAGUAUCCAAAAUAGACAUGUGCGUCGAUUAAAUAUCUCGUGUCAAAUAAUUAUAUUACACACUAUGUUUAUGAUCAAGUAAUUGAAAAUUAUUUAAUGACCCAUCUAUUUCUUCCGCAAAAAAAAACCUAAAUGAAUCCCGAUAAUUUUUCUUUAUACGUACAACCAGAUUAUUUAUCAAACCAUAUUAUCACUUGAAUUUCUAUUGUAUUAUGUGUAUACAUUUAUGGGUAAUUUUACGAUUACUGGUGUAUAAAAGAAAAUUUCACAUACAUGUAAAAAAAAUGAAUUUAAAAAAUGUAUCGAUAAAUAAAUUAUGUAUGGCAUAUUAA